CAGUGUGUUCAGUUGCGUCCUGGCUUCAUAUCCUGUCGCUAUCCUUUGGCUAAGCGCAAGCACAAGCGGUUUCAGUUUGAGGUUUUGAGUGCAUUUGAGCGGCUGCAAAUACAAACAGAACUGUGCGCAGGAAAAGCCAUAUAUCUCUGGAAAUUGGUGCUUAGUGUUAUUUCGGUGGAAAACAUAUCGUCGUGAUCGAAUUGUGCCGGAUUUGCUGGAUAUAGAUAUCCGAGGUGUAAUUGCCGCUUUUCGAUAAACCGGCUUGGAUCGUAACCUCUUUUAAUUCUUCAUCGGUGUUGUGCGUGUGCACCAAACGGCUUCAAAAUUAAUUACUCAAAGUAUCACCACAACGCUAUGUCCUUAUCGGCCAUAGCCAAGCCAAUACUCUACUCGUAUUGGCGCAGCUCGUGCUCCUGGCGCGUGCGCAUUGCGAUGAACCUGAAGGAGAUACCCUACGACAUCAAGCCGAUCAGCCUGAUCAAGUCCGGAGGCGAGCAGCACUGCAAUGAGUACCGCGAGGUGAAUCCGAUGGAGCAGGUGCCCGCCCUGCAGAUUGAUGGACACACCCUCAUCGAAUCGGUGGCCAUAAUGCACUACCUGGAGGAAACCCGUCCCCAGCGACCACUCCUCCCACAGGACGUCCACAAGCGAGCCAAAGUGCGCGAAAUAGUCGAGAUCAUCUGCUCGGGCAUCCAGCCCCUGCAGAACCUCAUCGUGCUCAUCCACGUGGGCGAGGAGAAGAAGAAGGAGUGGGCCCAGCACUGGAUUACACGUGGCUUCCGGGCGGUGGAGAAGGCGCUGUCCACCUCAGCCGGCAAAUACUGCGUGGGCGAUGAGAUUUCCAUGGCGGAUUGCUGCCUCGUACCUCAGGUGUUCAAUGCCCGAAGAUUCCACGUCGAUUUGCGACCGUAUCCCAUAAUUCUGCGCAUCGAUCGCGAACUGGAGAGCAAUCCGGCAUUCCGGGCGGCCCAUCCCUCCAAUCAACCGGACUGUCCGCCGGAGCUGCCCAACAAAUAGAAUUUUCCGACCCCAACUGCAAAGCGCCGUAAGACGAAAAAGUGAAUUGCAGUUCGUAAACCAGGCACAGGACAAACUAAGAACUUAAAUCUGAUCGGUGGGCAGGUGGAUGGCGAUGGAGAAAGGAUUGGAUAGGAUGGCAAAGCUGGCGAGGAUUCCCUUAAGCAGAAACAGUCGGAUGUGAUUUAAGAAAUUGCUAACAGCAUUUAAAUAUGCAUAAAUGCAUAAAAAUACUAUCGAUAACAUAACGAAAUUCCUCACACGAAAUUCAAACGUAAACGCAAAAUUCUCAGAUAACGGAACAAAAAAUCGUAUAAUAAAUUCUUCAAAUUCCCUUAGUUUGUCAUUGUGAACAUGAUCUAAAAGAUGAACUCAU